GCGUAUGCAACAGCUGAUAAAACUAAAGCCCGCGCACUCUUUUCGCGUGUCUUAUAAAUCUUUGAUGUUCUCUCCCAGAUAGCUAACAAAUAUAUUACAUUGUCUCGCCAAACAAAUUACUUGAGUGUCCCGUCCUACCUGGGUACAAAAAUGACGGAUUCUGAGUCAUCAGACGAUGAUUAUACCUCUGAAGUGGCCAAUGAGGCAUUGAAGUUGAUUCAAACGGCAAAUCAUCUCAUAGAACUAGGCUAUCAAGAAGAAGAAAUUAGCAACAAAAGGAAAGCUGCUGUGGCAAAGCUGCAGAAGAAAAAACUGCGCCUUCUUUUCAACGUCAAACAAGCUUUGGAUGGACGAGGAAAAAGUCGUUCGAUUUGGAUCCAAGCUGAAUUGAAUGGUGGCACAGGUUACUGGGAACAGGUCAUGCCUCACCUUUGUGACGAACGUUUCCAAAAGGCAUUCCGUCUAUCAAAAACAUCUUUCUAUGAACUUGUCGGCGAAUUAAAGCCGUUUAUGGAGAAGACAGAUACCAACUUUCGGAAAGCAAUUCCCAUGGAUAAAAGGGUGGCUAUAGCUAUUUACUGCCUUAAAAGCACUUGUACACCCGAAGAUGUGUCAAACAUUUUCAGGGUUGGAGUUAGCACUGUGUCAGAAAUACUUCAUGAAUUUUGCCAUUAUGUAAAUGAAAUCCUUUUAAAAAGAUAUGUCAAAUUCCCUGGGACCCAAGAGGAAAGAAAAAAAAUUGUGGAAGAUUUCAUGACUUUGUGGCAGUUUCCCAAUACUUUUGGUGCCAUUGAUGGAACGCACAUACCAAUAAUUGCUCCUUCUGAGAACCCGGAAGACUAUUGGAAUUAUAAAAGCUAUCAUUCCAUUGUUGUCUUAGCAGCCGUAGAUGCAAAGGGUUGUUUCAUAUACGCGAAUGUUGGCCGCCCGGGAAAAGCAAAUGAUGCUGGCAUUUUCAAUGAUACCUCACUCAAAGAAUCUCUUGUAAACCAGAUAGGUAUUGAUCAUAAUUUACAUAUGAUAGGUGACGGCGCGUUCCCCUUGAUGCAAAGCUUGAUGAAACCCUUUCGAAUUCGCCCUGGAAUGCCUCUAAUGGAAGAGAACUUUAACAAACGUCUUAGUAGGGCUCGUGUUAUUGUCGAGGAUGCUUUUGGACGCCUGAAAGGACGCUUUCGAUUACUUGCAAAAAGAGCAGAUUAUAGUGUAUUAAAUAUGAUUAAUAUUGUAAACGCUUGUCUCGUUCUGCAUAACUUUUGUGAAAGUAAGAAACACAGGUACUGGUCAGAAUGGGAUGAUAAACUCAAGGAAUUGUUGAAAAAGUACCCCCAACCACCUAAUGCUGAUGCAAAAAAUACCCCUAGCUCACUUGCCGUGGCAAAACGUUUAAAAUUAGCUGAAUGUCUUGCAUCUGAUUAUGUCUCAUAUGAAUAAA